GUUCUGUGCGGGGCGGAGUGGAGCCGAGCCGGAAGCGGGAGGGGAGAGUCAAACAGGAAAAGAAGGGAAGAAGGAAGAAGAGGGUAGAGGAGGAGAGGGAGGAGGAGGAGGAGGGAGGUGGCGGCGCCGUGGUGGAGGAGCAGGAGCAGGAGGGGGAUGGAGAGGAGAAGGCUCCUGGGUGGCAUGGCGCUCCUGCUCCUCCAGGCGCUGCCCAGCCCCCUGUCAGCCAGGGCUGAACCCCCGCAGGAUAAGGAAGCCUGUGUGGGUACCAACAAUCAAAGCUACAUCUGUGACACAGGACACUGCUGUGGACAGUCUCAGUGCUGCAACUACUACUAUGAACUCUGGUGGUUCUGGCUUGUGUGGACCAUCAUCAUCAUCCUGAGCUGCUGCUGUGUCUGCCACCACCGCCGAGCCAAGCACCGCCUUCAGGCCCAGCAGCGGCAACAUGAAAUCAACCUGAUCGCCUACCGAGAAGCCCACAAUUACUCAGCGCUGCCAUUUUAUUUCAGGUUUUUGCCAAACUAUUUACUACCUCCUUAUGAGGAAGUGGUGAACCGACCUCCAACUCCUCCCCCACCAUACAGUGCCUUCCAGCUACAGCAGCAGCAGCUGCUGCCUCCACAGUGUGGCCCUGCAGGUGGCAGUCCCCCAGGCAUCGAUCCCACCAGGGGAUCCCAGGGGGCACAGAGCAGCCCCUUGUCUGGGCCCAGCAGAAGCAGCACAAGACCCCCAAGCAUCGCUGACCCUGAGCCCUCUGACCUACCAGUUGACCGAGCAGCCACCAAAGCCCCGGGGAUGGAGCCCAGUGGCUCUGUGGCCGGCCUGGGGGAACUGGACCCAGGGGCCUUCCUGGACAAGGAUGCAGAAUGUAGGGAGGAGCUGCUGAAAGAUGACAGCUCUGAACACGGCGCACCCGACAGCAAAGAGAAGACGCCUGGGAGACAUCGCCGCUUCACAGGUGACUCGGGCAUUGAAGUGUGUGUGUGCAACCGAGGCCACCAUGACGAUGACCUCAAAGAGUUCAACACGCUCAUCGAUGAUGCUCUGGAUGGGCCCCUGGACUUCUGCGACAGCUGCCAUGUGCGGCCCCCUGGUGACGAGGAGGAAGGCCUCUGCCAGCCCUCCGAGGAGCAGGCUCGAGAGCCUGGGCACCCGCACCUGCCACGGCCACCCGCAUGCCUGCUGCUGAACACCAUCAAUGAGCAGGACUCUCCCAACUCCCAGAGCAGCAGCUCCCCCAGCUAGAGCAGGCCCUGCCAGCACCCAGAACUUGGCAAAGCAACCAGGGUAGGGGAGAACCACGAGAGAAGCAUUAAGUGACUUUCAAAGACUUUCAGAGUACAGCCACUUGGUUCCUUUUUGUUUGUUUUCCUCCUUCUCUCCUGCAUUUUCCUCCAUCUCCAGGUACAGUUCGGGGUGUGGAUGCCUCUCCUUCCACAAGGGCACAGUGCUGUGGAGGGCUAAGUUGGUUCUGUGACUCAUUCCUCAUACUCCAACUCCAUCUCCUUUCUUUAAAGUCAAAUCUCACCUACCUGUUUGGAUCAGAGAGAUGUGUUUUAAAAGCCCCCAAGGAAAGAGGCUGGGACUGUGCCCUGACAUGAUUCUUGGUGAUGGAUUAGGUUUGUGGUCUGAUUCUAGUUUAAGAGAACAUUGCUGUGUCUCAGUCCAGGAGAGGCAGCCCAUCUUGGCCCUGGAUGAAAAAGGAAGCCCACAGAGGCCCAGGGCUUGUCCCUGUGGCUGCCAGUGUCUGCCGAGCCAGCAUUGAGCUAAUCCUGUGGGAGGAUGAGAGUGCUGGGCCAUUGUAUGAUAGGUUGGUAGAGGCUUGUUGAUCUGUCAAAUUCCAGGUGACAAGAUCGAUACACCCCAUGUGCCCUUGAGGUGCCUCUUCCCCGGGCUCUGGCUGGCUGCAGGCUGGUUCUGGUAUGAAAGAUGAUACUGCCUUUUCCUUGUUUGUUUGUUUCCUCUAAAAACAAACAACAAAAGACAGCUGAAAACACGAACUUCGCCGGUGGGCAGGCAAGAAUUCUCUUCUGGAAAAUGACGUUUGUGGCUCUUUCCCAAGUUGGCUUUCAAAGAGCCUGGCUGCCGUUGAGCCAGAAGAUGUCUUGUGUGAAGGCUGGGGUGGAAGCUGUCUUGGAACCUCUGUGAGCCGGAGGCCCUAAGCUGCAACAGUGAAUAGAGGUGCAGCUCUCGGCCUCUCUGCCCUUUGGUCUGUGUUCACAGGUGACCCGUGUCAGCCUGUGUUGCAAGCACACGCCCUGCGGGCCUUCACGUCUCACUGUUCCGUAUGAGGAAACAGCGGACUGAGGAAGCGAUGGCCCCUGAGAAAGGGCCCCUGUUGCCUGGCUCUCACACAGAAUUUUGUCUUUGAUUCUGAAUAAAUAUUUUUUGUGGGUUUUUCUUUCUUUCUUUUUUUGGUGGCGGUUGUUGUUUGUUUUAAACUGACCACUUGGAAGAAAUACCUUGGUUAUCUGUGGUUUUCAUGCCUUGUCCCUGCCUCUGCCCCCACCCCUUUUGAGUCGGGUGACUCAUUUUUCUGUGUAGAGACCCGGUGGCCCAGGCAGGAGGUGAAAGCAGCCGUCCGGAAGGCCCUGGGGACGCUUGUGCCUGUUGCUCAGCUUCAGGUCACCAGCUGAGCUGUGACAGGAAAAUCUGAAUGGAGGCAGCAAACAGCCAAAACAAACAUUCCCCGCCCGGCCCUGUGCAUAUGAAGAGUCUAUUUCUUCCCCCAACUCUUGAACGAUGAUGAUAUUCAGACGAAGCAUCGAUGUUAUGGAAGAAAGGAAGAAAAAGAAAAAAAAAAAUAUAUAUAUAUAUGUAUGUCCAAAAACAGACAAAUCCAAGGCUGUGAGGUAAACAAAUGUCUGCAUUUGGAUUCCACAAAACCAAAAUCCGUGUUGAACAAAGUGAAGUCCGUACACAGUGACUUUUUGGGUGAGCCGUGUGUGUCUGUCCAUUGUGUGUGAGCCUCAAGCCCUGUUUUCCUGUGAAGAUACUUUGAGUGGCAGCCAUUCUCCCCACGUGAACCACACGUCUGGAGCACAGACAGCCCUCUCAAGGUCAUUGAUCUUACGCAUUUACUGUUUACCGAACAAAUGUCUGACUGUGUACUCGGGUGUACUCCGCAGCAUUGUCGACUGCAGUCCCCUGUGUUUGCCAGAUACUGUGCUUGAAGUAGAGGUUUUACUCUACUCAUCACUGCGAUUUGCACAUUGCUCCGUGGACACUCGGAGGCCUGUGUUCUGUUCCCUGUAAAUGGAAGCGUGCUCUGAGCCUGUCUGCCUCCCUCGGCUGCUGCUGGUCCUCGGUGCCAGCCCCCAGGGUUGUCCACAACCACGUGGGACAGAAGAAGGUGGAAUUUCAGACAGAAACUUGAUUGGGUCUUCAAUGACAGGCUUGGACUAGCUGUGGCCCAGACAUCGGCCCUGCCCAGAAUUGCCAGGAGGAGGCUUUGCAGGCUGUAGUGGGGCCACAGGGCCUGCCUCCCUCUGGUGAGUCCAAUAGGCGCAAGCAAGCUAGCAUGUGGCCAGAGGCAGCCAGAGUGUGUCACAGCCCUCAGAUGCCUUUCCUUCCACCGUUUUUUUUUUUUAAGGAUCCCCAAAUAACUCAUGAAGGGUCUCCAAGGCGAACAAGUUUUACCAAAAUGAAUCCUUUUUCAGUUAACAGAUCAAAUGGAUGAGUUCUGACCCUCUCAAGUUCCUUUCCCCAGUUAGAGUGGGCAACUGGGCAAGUGUUAACUGUGGGACUCACUGCAGCGUCCUACCCUAAAGGCACGAGAAGACAGAAAUGCAACCUGCGGAGCUGGGCUUGGUUCCCAAGUCACAGUUUGGCCCCCGAUACAGGAGGCUGCCCUGCUCAGAGAGAGAUUUAAUAGGGAGCUGAAGGAAUCCUUAGGGGGCCAGGGAGAUGUGACUGAGACUGGUUUUCCACGUGAAUGAGACGGGGUUGGUAGAGGGUUUGGUGCUACAGCCAGUCGGAAGAUUUGCAAAUGCGAACACAUUCCUGUGUGAGGCACGUUACCCUUUGUCAGUUAUUGUGAAUAUGUGUAUUUUAAGCAAUAAGAUUCAGCUGGUCAGACUUUUCUGGGCAGUCUCAGUGACGCAUUUCCUGUGCUGUGAUUGUUCUGAAGACAGAGUGGCUCUAACCACUGUGAGAAGCCCGAAUAAAAAUUGAUCCCAAAAAUGCUA